CGUAGAGUAAACAAUCCACCGCCUGCCGGAUCCACCAUCCGUGCACAAAUCACCCUGGCACGUCUCUUACUACUUUAUAUACAACCCUAUGUGACAGAAUGAAGGUCGCGAUCAAGGAGUGGAAUGCUGUCGCAUCCUGGCGAUGGGAUAUGCCGGAGGACGAGGUGUGCGGUAUCUGUCGCGUGCAGUUUGACGGCACCUGUCCGACCUGCAAAUUCCCUGGAGAUGACUGCUCGCUGCUACUGGGGAAAUGCGGACACUCGUUUCAUAUGCAUUGUCUUCUAACGUGGAUUCAGCAAGAGUCCUCGAAAGGGCUAUGCCCUAUGUGUAGGCAGAAGUUCGAAUGGAAGCAGAGCGAGGAAUGAUGCACGUGACUUUGACCGGAGUCUCAAGUGCUGCAGGCAGCCUUGUAUCGUUCUACAGCAUCUCUAAUCAUUCACUUUGUAUUAUCGGGAAGCAA